AUUUGAUUUGAUCAGUGUAUACAAGAGCGUCACAUUGCAUAGACAGAUCCCUCCACUAGAGCAGUUCCUCCCACAGCCUGCAUGCAUUCAUGCACCUAAAGUUCACUUGCCUACAGCUGGUGGUUUGCUUUGAAAAAGAAAUGUGCAUUUCUUUCCCCCCCAACAUGGAUAUACAUUUAGUACGCUAUGCCUCUGCGUUCUUUCCGAGGAUGAAGCUGAUCUUGAAGGGGACAAUAGCGUGAAGCUGUCGCGUGCAGCGGGGAUGCGCGAACUUUACCGCGCGUGCUGCGCAAUCAUCCCGGUUAUUAUAGGGGUGAUAUCUGACAUAAAAGGUUGAUGUUGUAUGUCCUUGGUUAAAAUGGGCCAGUCAGAUCUAGCCAAUGGAACAGAGGACACGGUCAAUGAUGGAAGUCAAGAGACCAGCCUGGGAAACGACAGCAUGAACACUUACAAACCAGCGUUUGUGGAUGACAUCACCAAGCACCUGAGUGUCCAAAUAUCUCUCAUCUUUGCAUAUUCACUCAUAAUCCUGCUAGGACUUGUGGGUAACAUCCUGGUGAUUUACAUGAUCAUUCUGUACAGAAACAUGCGCACGGUCACCAACUACUUCAUUGCAAACCUGGCCUUGGCUGACCUGAUGAUGGACACAGUAUGUUUGCCUUUCACGCUGAUUUACACGUUGAUGGACGAAUGGAAAUUUGGAGCAGUUAUGUGUCAUAUGGUGCCCUAUGGCCAAGCUCUCAGCGUCCACGUGUCCAUUCUCACCCUAACGGUCAUUGCUCUAGAGCGCUACAGGUGUAUCGUCUUCCACCUUGGCCAGCGCCUCAAUAAGUGCACCAGCUUCAUCAUCAUCGGCCUGACCUGGGCGUUCGCCGCCAUACUGGCCGGCCCGCUGGCUAUUUUCCGAGAGUAUCGCUAUGAGGAAAUCCCAUACAUUGACUUGCGGAUCGCGGUUUGCUCCGAGAAAUGGCCCAACGGCACCAAUCGGGACGCCGUCAUCUACAGUUUAUCAAUGCUUCUCCUGCAGUAUGUGGUCCCUCUGGCGAUCAUCAGCUAUGCUUACGUGUGCAUCUGGAUCAAACUGAAGAACCACAUCAGCCCUUCCAACCGCAGCGAUGGCAUCGGCCGCCGGAAGAAGACCACGAAGAUGCUGGCGCUGGUGGUCGUGGUCUUCGCUGUUUGCUGGCUUCCCUUCCACAUGUUUCAGCUGGCUAGCGAUCUUGACUUGAUUCUCAAGUUCAAAGAAUACAAACUCAUUUACACCUUGUUUCACAUCGUGGCGAUGUGCUCGACUUUUGUCAACCCAUUGCUCUACGGCUGGAUGAACCAAAAUUACAGGAAUGGCUUUCUCAUGUUCUUCCGCUGUGAACACAAGCCAGACACCAUCUACCCUGAUGGGUCCUUCAGGACUCGAUCUUUGAGGGGGAUGAUUGUGAAUGGAUACAAUGAUGGUCAGCCCACAACUGCUGUCUAAAUAUGAAGACAUGGUCUUCCUCUGUCUAGAGGAGCCUGUCUAAUGCACAGUAUAUACAGUAGGGUACAAUGGAGCUAAAGGCGUACUUGGGUAAAAUAAUAAGAUAAUAAUUGGGGUAAGAUGAUAAAUAGAUGACUGACUUUUCCCUUUGAUGACAUGAAGUGGUUGGGUAAUCGCCAUAUUUAUAAUUAAACCAUGACAUAAUAAAAUAUAAUAUUCACUGUUACCGCUGAAAACCAUAUUAAAUUAUUAUGAGGAUCUCGUCUUUCCCAUUUUAAAAUAUUUUAAACUGAACAUAUUAAACUAGCAUUAUAUUUGUUAAACAAAAAUACAUUUUAAUUGUCAAAACAAACAGAAAAUAGUGCAAGCUUAGCUGAAGUGAUUGUUUUAAACAAAUUGUAACAUUUGAAAUGCAAAAUAUAUUACUUCAGUUAAAGUAUUUGUUUCAUUACUGGUUGCUUUUGCCCCAUGCUGGAGAGACUUUUACCCCAAGUGUGGAGAAAAAAAAAACUUUAUUAUUUUUUAUUAUUUAUUAAAAAUUAUUUAACAAAUUUAAAUAUUGUUUUGUUUUAAACAAAACAAACCUCUUUCAUGAUUUAUUUUCCCAUAAAAUGUAUUGCUCCAUAAAUGAUGAAUUAUCAUACAUUAUGGGAGUAGCGAAAAGCAGAUUUUCCUUAUGGUGUGCCUUUAGCCCUGUGGACCUGGUGGUGUCCAUUUAUCAUCAGCCUUGUGCAAAACUCUUAUUGAUAAUGUCAGGAGACAGCCAGGAAGCUGCUGAUAGGCUUUUCAGCUCUGGAAACAUUUUAGAGCCAAUCAUCUAAGCUGUAAACGGCACGUGACUGAUCACUCCUAGGAUCUGGAGAAAGCUAUUCAUUAGCUUUCCCAUAUAUCUUUAUGGCAUUUGCAUGGCUGGUGCAAGACCUACUGGAAGUACAUGAUUUAAAAUCUGCCAUCGUUGCUCAUGGGGCCACAGAACUUUUUGAGUCAAUUACCUGAGCCAUAAAUAUCAUGUGACUCAAGUCAAGUCACCUUUGUUUAUAUAGUGCAUUAGACGAUACAGAGUGUGUCAAAGCUACUUUACAGUAUUAUAACAGGAAAACAGUUUUCCAGUUUAAGACAGUUCAUCUUUCAUUCAGUGAUGUCAUCGUCCAGUUCAGUUCAGUUCAGAUCACUCAGGGGCCAUAUGAAAUGGUCUCAUGACAACUCUGAUUGGCAAAGUGCGCACACAAUUACAUACCCUUCACUAGUGACUAUUUUGAGCUGUUACAUAAAGUCCAUUUCAUGCUUUAAGAGCCCUUCAAAAAUGAAUCUUGCACUGGUGAAAUAUUGGUGAAAUAUGUUGUUUUUUAUGUCGUCAGGGUACACAGCAAAUGUGAAAUUGCCAUUGCUUUGUAGAAAUCUGGUGCCAGAGUUAAUUGGCCCAAUGUUGAUCAUGGUUAAAAAUAUGUUCAUAUAUUGCAUUGUGGGAUACAAUAUCCACAUAGUGUGCUCUGUUGUAUUUUGCACAUUUUGGCAGAUGUAGUUCUGGGUGUUAAUUUACAAGCAUACAGGAAAUUUGCAUAAUAUGCAUAUGCAUAGGGUGCAUCUCAAUCAGCUCUAUAGCUCCCGAGCUCGUAAAUCAGUAUAUCGUGCACUUGAAUCUGAGCACUGGUAAGGACCCUGGCUCACUGCACAUUGGGACAGCGAUACACAAUUUCCAUUUCUAACGACAUGACUACGUACAAUGUCACCAUACACGUAUGUAAAAUGUGUCAACGCUGGAAUUAAUGAACAACUGGCAGGACCCAUAUCAUUUUGAUAUUAUUUUUUUAUGUAUUUUAUAUAUAUAUGACCUUAAAACAUUUCAGCUGAAUAUAAAUUAUAAAUGUUAACUAUAUGUUCACUACAAGUCUAGUGAUAUGUGUUUACGCUGAAAUAGACAAAAAAAAAGGUUUGUCUGUUCAAAUCUUAUAUUGAGUGUCAUUAUAUUUAAUGAGUUACUUGUGCAUUUUAUGUUUUGUGCUUCAGAAAUGUCACAUCAUUUCCAGUAAGGGAGCAUAGUGAGCAUGAUGCUCCCUGGUGUUUGUGAUAAAUUUUCAAGAUGCAAAAUUUCACGUGCACUAGAAGGAUUUCGCGAGUGAGACAGCCCUGACCAGUGCUCAGACUAUUGAACUAUAGGGAGCUGAUUGAGACACACCAAUACUAUACAUUACAUAAAUGGCAAGACUAGCAUAACCGCAUUUCGAACAUAACCUACUAUGUUUUUGUACACUCCAAGCAUUGAUAUGCGAUCAAUGAAUUGUCCAUCUCAACAUUUAACUAAUGAAUGUCUUUGUUAUUUAGUUAUAUUAAAAGUUUUGUUGUGAGUUUAAAUAAUCAAGUAAAUUGUAUGACUUCUGAUGAUGAAAUCUAUUUUGUGAUUUGUCAAAGAUGGAAAUGUCUUGCACGUGUGUUUUUGUGUAAAUUUGCAUAAGGCUGACACAUCAAGUAAAUAAAUUGCUUUAUGCUACUCAUUGUAUUUAUAUGAUGUGAAGGUUAUAAUGUACUUUGUAUGCAAAUAAUUAAUGUAAUCUAUGGAAUCAUGUUCCUGUAUAUUUUAUUGGCAUAUUUAAUAUCUAUGCUGUGGUGGCAGUGAGAUGAAAUAAAAAAUUGUCUUUGAACUUAUUUUCUAAAAUGCAGUGGAGGAUUUGAGUGAAAGGAAAAUAA